AUGAGUGAUAUAUAAUAAUUCUUUAACAAAAAUAAAAAAGUAAUAUUUGUUACAGCAGCAGCUUCUUUUGCUGCAUUAGGAGCAUACUAUUUUUUCAAUAAAAUUUAAAGCGAAAACAAAGUAUAAAAAAAUUAGCAAACAAAUUAGCUAUAAAGAAAUUCAAUAACCGGAUUUUAAGAUGAAGAAUAAUACAAAUUAAAAGCUAGACAAAUAUCUUAAAAAAUAGCCGUGAAAAAAAUCGGAAAUUCUAAUUUUUAUGACAUGAAUACUAUUUCUUAAGUAUUAGAAUACUCCAUAGAAUUAGCAGGUGAUGAGUAUGUAUAAGAAACAUUAAACAAUAGAGAAAGCAGAAGAAAAUUAAUGAAAACAGAUGGUGAAUAAUAUGAGAAAUUAAUUCUUUAAUAUAAUGAUAAUGUAGAGAAUAUUUUAAGAAAAGCCUAGUCUUGCAUUUUGGAAGAAUUAAAUAUUUCAUGCGAUGAUUUUGAAGAGUCUGUAAUAGCUUUUAUGGAAUAAGGACAUUAUUAAGAAAUUUAUAUGUUUUAGGCUGCAAUUAGACAAAAAAUAAAAGAAAAAAUUGCCUCUCAAAAGAACUUAACAGUAGAUAGAAUUAAAGAAAUCAUUAAAUUUUAAAUCGAAUUAUUGAAAUAAUAACCUUAAUUACUGAAAAAUUCGAUUAAUAAAUUGUCCUCUAAUAAUGAGACUGUUUAACUUAUUCCCACUAUCAUCAGCACUAUGCUCCAUGAUUAUAUCCAUGAAUAAUUUAAAGUAGAAGAAGAAGAUUAAAUGAAAGUUAUGACAAGGACAGAAAUGACUAAUGAUCAUGAAAUUAUUUUAUUAUUAUAGGAAAUUGAAUAAGAAAUGUAUAAGCUUAUGAUGCCAUUUGGUUAAGGUGGAAUAUGA